UUAGCCUUGUAGUUGAAAGGAGAAACCAUAUUUCUGACAACUGUAACUGGCAGCUACAAAAAAAAUCCAACCAAAUCCAAAACGAAAAAUCCUGUUUCGCUCCGUUUUGCACCAAACACUAAUCUGCCGAGAUGGACAUGAUCUUUCAGUACAAGAAGGAUCACACUUUCGAAAAGCGCCGCAACGAAGGUGACAAGAUUCGACGCAAAUAUCCUGACCGUGUGCCCGUAAUUGUCGAGAAGGCCCCGAAAACCCGCUACGCUGAAUUGGACAAAAAGAAGUACCUGGUGCCGGCCGACUUGACAGUGGGUCAGUUCUAUUUCCUCAUCCGCAAGCGCAUCAAUCUGCGUCCCGACGAUGCCCUCUUUUUCUUCGUCAACAAUGUGAUACCUCCGACGUCGGCCACCAUGGGAGCACUAUACCAGGAGAACUUUGAAAAGGACUACUUCCUCUACAUUUCCUAUUCCGAUGAGAAUGUCUACGGACGUCAAUAGACUUGGGGUUUGCCCCGAGUAAUCGUUUUGGUGGUCGCUUGAGUUUCAAUUGUCAAGUUCAUCAAUAAAGAAUGACUGGUCUUAAGCCAGCUAACCAGCA